CAUACCCGCAAUGCUCUUAAUUUAAUUAGCAACAAAUGGAUAAGGUGCAAUACAGCUGCUGAAAUAUGCCAAAUAUCUGGGAAAACGUUUACGUUAUCGUUGCUGCGAUCAUGGUACUCAGCCUGGCCGAUCAAGGAAUCUCACACAAGCAUUAUACACGUACACGUAAAUUGGAAUUGCGCGAGGAUGUACGCCGCAUGUUUCAGCAUGCGUACGAUGGCUACUUGACGUACGCCGGUAACUAUGACGAACUGCGUCCGCUUACCUGCGAUGGACAUGAUACGUGGGGCAGCUACUCACUGACGCUAAUCGAUGCACUCGAUACGCUUGCCACCAUGGGCAAUUAUACAGAAUUUAGGCGCGUCUAUACGUUGCUCACCGAGAAGAUGGACUUUAAUAAGGACAUAAAUGUGUCUGUGUUCGAGACGAACAUACGCAUAGUUGGCGGUCUUCUCUCGGCCCAUUUGCUAUCCCGCCGCUGUGGAGUUGAAGUCGAGCCCGGCUGGCCUUGCAGCGGUCCACUGCUGCGCAUGGCCGAGGAUGUGGCAAAGCGGCUGCUGCCUGCGUUUGACACCAACACGGGCAUGCCCUAUGGCACUGUGAAUCUACGCUAUGGCGUACCUAGCGGCGAAACCUCUGUCACCUGCACCGCCGGCGUGGGCACAUUUCUGAUUGAAUUCGGCACUCUUAGCCGUCUAACUGGCAACACCAUCUAUGAGGAGGUAGCCUUGCAAGCCAUCUAUGCGCUCUGGGAACGACGCUCCUCCAUUGGACUCUUUGGCAAUCACAUUGAUGUGCAGAGCGGUCGCUGGACUGCGCUUGACUCUGGCAUAGGUGCUGGAGUGGAUUCGCUCUUCGAGUAUCUGGUCAAGGGCGCCAUAUUGCUGAAUCGUCCAGAGCUGAUGGAGUUGUUUGGCGAGGCACGUGCACCCAUUGAGAAAUACAUGCGCAAGGAUCACUGGUACGUUUGGGUGGGCAUGAACAAGGGCCAUGUCACUCUACCAGUGUUCCAAUCGCUCGAAUCCUUCUGGCCGGGAAUACUCAGCAUUGUGGGCGACACGGAGCCAGCUGUGCGCACCAUGUCACGCUAUAUCAGUGUUUGGAAGAAGUAUGGAUUUCUGCCUGAGUUCUUUAACAUACCCGUAGGCGAGGCUGCGCCCAAUCGUGAGAUUUAUCCACUGCGGCCGGAGCUAAUAGAGUCCGCCAUGUACCUGUAUCGUGCCACUAAGAGUGAGCAUCUGCUGGAGUUGGGUGAGCAUAUGCUGGAGACAAUUGAAUUUAGCGCCAAGACCAAGUGUGGCUACGCGACGAUACGCAAUGUGGUCACGCAUGAGAAAGAGAAUCGCAUGGAAUCCUUCUUUUUGGCCGAGACGACCAAAUAUCUCUAUUUGCUCUUCGACGAGGACAACUUUCUGCAUCACGCUGGCGACCCAAACCAGGGAGAGCUGCUGGGCAACGAUAGCGAUGUGUGCGUAGUGCAAGCAGGCGCUUAUGUCUUCAACACGGAGGCACAUCCCAUGGACAUGUCGGCGAUUCAUUGCUGUCACCAGCACAAACAGGAUGUGUACGCGCAGUUGGACUUGCCCAGCUUUAGUCAAAAGUCGCUUUUCGAGCGACAGCGACAAAAGCGUUUGGCAGUGCAGGACAAGUGGACGCCAAAGUGCCAGAGUCAGAGUCAGAGUAUAAGCGCCAAGGAAACGCUGGAGACGCCAGUCAAGCAGAGUCAGACGACCAUGGCUGUGGAUAUAGAAGUGUUUGAUGAGUUCCAGCAGCCGGCAGCGGAGAUGCUUGUGGGCAACUUUGAGCGCAUACGCGAGGAGCGUGAACUGAAUCUGAGUCAGCCGCUGAGCUACAGGGCGAGGCAGCCACUGCAUCGCAAUCAGUUGACGCUAAUCGAUCUGGAGGACUUCUUUGCACAGCGUCGUGAGGAUUUCGACAAUGCAGCGGAUACGCUCGACUAUGUGCUUAAGUUCAUGCGCAACUAUACAAUGGAUGUGGCAUUCAUACGCGGCAUGCAGCUCUACGAUGGCAACAUGACUCAGCUGCUAGGCGCUGGCGCGCAGCAAGACUACGAGGCACGCAUGCGCACGCUGUGGCAGCUGUACGAGCUGGAGCAGCAGUUUGUUAUAAAUAUACGGCUUAUGGAACGGCUGCAGCUGCUGACCUAUCAGGCGGAGAGCAGCGAUAUGCAUCGCUUUCUAUCACACAUACUGCACGCUCUGGACGAGCUUAGCAUGGGCAUGCUGCGCAACGAGACGGAGCUAGGCAAUCAGACGAUGCGCCAUCUGCUGCAGCAGACGCGCUACGACUACGAGCGCUCGCUGCUGAAUACAACGGCGAUGCAAGAAUUCGUUGAACGUAUUUAUAGGCUGGGGAGCAAUGAGACCAAGCGUAAGCUGCAGCUGCAGCCGCUGCUUAGCGCAGCAGAGAUGAUGCAGUUAGAAGCCGAAACGGAGCUGGCACCCGCGCAGUUGCAUCAGCUUUUCAAAUACACACGCCGCAUGGUCGAGUUCCGCAAGCGCAUGGCCGAGACAGUGGAUCGACUGCAGAGCAUUGUGCAGGGCCUAAGCACGCCCGCCACAACGCCACAACCGCAGCCAACGGCAAGUCCGCUGGCCAGUAUGCCAAUGCAGGAGCAGGACCAGCAGCAGCAGCAGAGCAAGCCGCUGCAGCAGCAGAAGCAGCAACAGUUGAUGGUAACGCCACCAGCAGAUGCUGGCUCUGUGUGGUCACAGUUUGUGCAAAAUAUUUUACGCAAAACGACAACGCAGCGCAUCAAGUUCGAUGAGGCGCUGCUGCUGGAGAAGACACGCAAGUCGCUGGAAAAGCAUGCACAUAAGCAGCUGGACUAUGAGCUCUUCAGCUGCCGUCGACCCGGGUUUAUUGAGAACUUUGCCUAUCGCGAAUACUAUCCAGAGCCGCUCUGACAGCGGGCCAACUACAAUAAGAAUAUAUGCCGUAGUAGCAGCUUCAGAGGUUGCCGAAACCAAUUAAACUACCUAAGCUGAGACACAGCUCCACAUUGACUGAAUUGUAGAUAAUUAAGCUAAAAUUUUUGCAUAAACAAAGGCGCAGUUAUUGAGAAUUUGUAUAGUAGACGCUCGUUAAUAGACAAAAGCAUUUCCAAGGCAUCGAA